UUCAAAUUGACAGUUCGUGAAUUAUUUUCGAGAAUUUGCCGAAUUUCGUCCAAUUGGAGGUCUUUUUUGCUGUUAAUUAAUUACAAUAGCGUGUAAAUUGAUUUAAAAAUACAGUUAAGCCAUAUCUUAACACCGCUUAUUGAUAACUAACACAAUAUCAUGGCAGACAAUCAAGACACUCCUAUGGCCAAUAAUGAGGCUGACGAAGUGCCGAAAGGCGACGGGCUGGGUCAAAACAAACAGGGCAAAGAUGAUGAGCCUGGUUCACCUCCGCAAGCCGCCACGCCUCCACCGGGCAACGAAGACACCCAGGAGCUGAUAGUCAUUAACGAAAACACUGAAGAGCUGGACUUGAACCACGGGAGAAUUGGAAAGAUCGAGAACUUAGAGCCUUUAAAACAUCUUGAGAGGUUGUAUUUGAGAUGGAAUCUUAUCAAAAAGAUUGAAGGGCUGGAUACUUUGAGCACAUUGGUGGAGCUGGAGUUGUAUGACAACCAGAUUGUAACCAUUGAGAACUUGGAUAACCUUGUCAACCUUGAAAUCCUAGACCUAUCAUUCAACAGGAUAAAAGAAAUAUCAGGGCUUGACAACCUUCUGAAGCUGAAAAAGUUAUUCAUCAGCUCCAACAAGAUUUCAGAGAUCAAAAACGUCAACCAUUUGCCCAAAUUGGAACUCCUGGAGCUUGGAGACAAUCGUAUACGGGAAAUAAAAAAUUUAGAAGGUCUGAAGACCCUCAAACAGUUGUACUUAGGCAAAAAUAAGAUAACCAAAAUACAAAAUCUAGACGACCUGUCCAGCCUUGAGAUACUAGUUCUCCAGAGCAAUCGCAUCACAAAAAUAGAGAACUUAGAACUGCUUACAAACCUCGAACAACUGUACAUAUCGGAGAAUGGCAUAACAAUGAUGGAGAACAUGGAAAGCCAAGGGAAACUCCAAACCUUGGAUCUGGCCAUGAACAGAAUCACAGUGAUCGAUAACGUGAGGCAUAUGAGCGACUUGGAAGAAUUAUGGUUGAAUGACAACCAAGUAUCAGAGUGGUCAUCGGUAGAUCACUUGCAAGAGAACAAGAAAUUGGCUACGAUAUACCUGGAAAGGAACCCAAUUGCUUCGGACCCAGCGUACCGGAGGAAAUUAAAGUUGACCCUGCCAUCGCUGCAACAGAUCGACGCGACGUUGUGUAGAUAAGAAUUUUAUGUUAUUGGUAGCCUGUAAAGUAGUUUGAACUUGCGAAAAUGAAUGUAGUUACUGUAGUUUCGGUUGUAUUUAGUUGGUGUGGUGGAGUUGAUUUAGUUAUAUUGAUUGGGAUGUAUUUAUCGCAGUCAAAAUGAUGAUUACGAUUAGUUGCUUGGUAAGACCAAAAAUCUAAAAUGUUUUUGAAUAAGUGUUUCCAUAUUUGAAAUUGAACACAGUUUGUCUGGAAGCCACGAUAGCCGAACGGUGAAGGGGUCAGACUGGCCGACUCUAGAUCCGAGGAACACGGGUUCGAACUCCGCCGCCGCUCGACUAUUGUGGUGAGCCCACUCGUGACACAAGCAUAUUUAGCUUACCACAAGGGGCAAACGGGAAUUUUGAGUUUUUGCACAAAUUACUCUUAAAAAAAAGUUGUAUUAGGCUUUAUUUAUUUAUUUAUUUAUUUAUUAGGGACAUCAACAGCUUACAGAUUUCAAUGUAACAUUAGACACUUAACACUAUGGAAAGCCAAUAACAUAAUAAUUUGUGUUAUUUAAAACACUUAAAUAACACAAAUUAUUAUGCACAUAAAUUUUCGCAUGAUCAAACGUGUUUAUAAUUAUGAGUACAUCUUAUGCAUAAGUCUUAUCCACCAAGUCUCCUAGCGGUCGCAUACAGGGUGUUAGGUAAAUGGGUAUAUUAUUAAGAGCCGACACUAGCCCAUGUUAACAUAUGCAUAUAAAUAGUAUGGUGAAGUCAGAAAUUUUAUAUCAUCAUUUAUAUUUUUUUAAUUUUCAUACAAAAUAAAAUUCAUAAAAUCAGAUUUGUAUGAAAUUUAAAAUAAUUAGAAUGAUAAUAUCAAUUUUCUGACUUCACCAUAAAAUUUAUAUGCAUAUGUUAACAUGGGCUUAGGGCUAGUAUCGGCUCAUAUACCCAUUUACAUAACACCCUGUAUAACCGAUUAUAUUAUCUAUUGUGUCUCGAAUCGCUAGACUUGAAGAGAUAACAAUAAAAGCUUAAUUAUAUUGUCCGAUAUUAACUCAAUGACAAUAUCUCUAAGGCCCAGAACAGACGGUGAAACGCAACUGCAACGAAACUGCAACCUUCUGAUGAUUCUUAUGAAUGAAACUGAAACUGAAAGUUUAAAACUGGUUGCGUAAUGUGUGGUCUCUCAACGGACGCUAUGGCAGAAACUUAGAUGCAACUGAAAAGUAACUAGCAGUUACAGUUGCGUUCCACCGUCUGUUCUGGGCCUAAAUGGUAUCAAACCAUCUCUUAUAUUCUCAUAAGAAAUAACAUAGGUAUGUUUACAACCCGAUUGAGCUAACUGCGCACCUCGCUAGAAUGUCCCUCCCUCCAUUUAUCCACACCCCCGCGUUCGCCCCGUCCGUACCAGCAGGCCUGUUCAUCUCCGCGAGUUUACAUCGAAAACAAAACACGCACGAUGGCCCACCUACAGGAUACUAUUCGACAAGGCCUCACAUACGAGCGAACAUUGACUCACGCACGCGUAUUUUCUUGUGUAUGAUGGAAGAAAAUGGUGUACUAAAUACUGUGCAGUAUUUAACUGCCUAAAUAAUAAUAAAAACACAGAAUGUACUUUUUUAAGUUGCCUCAAGACACUGAGAGUUAAACAAGUAGUUAAUAUUAUUCAUGAUAAUUCAUGCUAAAUCAUGUAUUUCCUCCGCCAUUUUCCGCAGUUUGGCACCUCACGUCACAUCAUUUUACCGUCAGCCCUAUAGCUUCGGCGCAGUGCUGAUCACUGACGUUUGUCAACAAAAUGGUGCUUGACUCUUGAGACAGGCUAAAUUACACCAUAUUGUUAAUGAUAUUGAGCAUACAUUUUUUUAAAUACCUUCGCGAAGUAAAACUUCUGUACGUAGUACUUAUUAUUAUUCUGUGGUACCAGUGUCGAUGUGACGUCACGCACGCCAGGUGCGCAGUGAACUCCAUCGGGUUUCAUGGUGUUUAAUUUUAACACUCCCUAAUUUAAGUAAUAACACUAGAGCAGCUAGGUAAAUAAUAAAAUCGAAAGUGCUUAAAACAAUGAUCAAAGAAUUGAAAUUUUACCAAAUUGACUAAAGCUUUAUAAGUUCUUCCAAUUUUAACAAAAAAUGCAAGUAGAAAACAUCAUUUACAUUAGUUCCUUAGUAUUACUAAAUGUUAACUCUUCAUAAAUUAUUGUAUUGUGUAAUUGGAUAUUUUGUGUACAUGGAAAAAUAAUUGUUGUAUGUAUGUUUGAUUGUGUAGCAUUAUGCUAAAAUACAUUGGCCAGUUUUAUUAAUACUCGAUUUAGGUAAAAACUAAGAUGAUGAUUUCGUAUAUUUUAAAUAAAUUAAACAAUUAUAUUUACAUAUCCUUGAACUAGAUCACAAUUGAAUAAAGGUGCCUAGGUAUUAUCCAAAUCCGUUCAGCAUUCACAAGUUUGAAUUACAAAUAUUCAAACAAACGCGUUUAUAAUGUUAGUAGUAGUAAUAGUAUUAUUUAAAUGUAAUAGCAUUUAUUUUACUUUAGAUUUGCUUUCUCGCGGUUAUAAUAAAAAAACAUGAAGGACUUGAGUGUUGUGCCUACCUUUACAAUGCGGGUUUUCGCGAAUGAAAGAUCCGCUAGAUGGCGGGACGUGGAUGUGGGGUCUGGCUGCUGCGUGAUUGGUGGAUUUUGACAUCUGUCAAUGUCAUGUCAAAAAUAACCAAUCAUGUAGCAUUUGGACCUCGCGUCUACGUAUUGCGAUCUGGCGGAUUUUUCAUUCGCGAAAACCCUCAUAACCCAGAAUUUUAUAUGAAAUUUAUACCGACCAUUUUUCGCGAUAGGCGUAAAAUAGUUUUUGUAUCGUAGAUUGUUAGUGUUAGUAGCAGUGUAUUUAUGUAUAUUUCAUUACUGUUAUUAUGUAUUGUAUAUUUUGUAUCAAUACUUUGAUGUUUCGAUGUUAUUGAAGGUAAAUAAAAGCAUUUAAGUUAAUCGACCGUA